GUCUAAUGAAAACGUAGGAGCAACAAUAGAGAGAGGGGAGAGAGGGAUCUGUAUCCACUGACGAUCUCAGGAGGAAGUUAGUGUCUCAGGCUGCGGCUCCUGGACACUUUUUAACUUCUGGUCGAGGAGGACUGAUCUCUUUUCUCGGCUCCUUCUCGUUGCGGAUUUAAACGCGUCUGUAUCUCCCAAUUUUCUUCCGGACAGCUUCUACCAGAGUUAUUUGUUUUAAGUCUGCUUGUAGAAAUCGCCGACUUCUCUGGUUGCGCAGAAAUGUUGCAGCAGAUGUGAUCAACUCAGGGCCAGUUUUAACUAAGACAGAUCGCUCGUCCUACUGUGCGUCGCUCGCUUACUUGGGUUUCUAUUGCGUCACUGAAGAAGACGGCAUGGAUCUGAGACCGGAGCUCCCCACGGUGUCCUCCGCCUCCCAGGUCCACCCGGGGGCGGCAGCGGCGGCCGCGGCGGCCUCCAUCCCGGUGUCCAUGGCCAGCAACCUGCUGCGCGGCCCUCCGCUGCUGCUGCGCGCCGCGGACAAGUACCCGCGCACGCCCAAGUGCGCCCGCUGCAGGAACCACGGCGUGGUCUCCGCGCUGAAGGGCCACAAGCGCUACUGCCGCUGGAAGGACUGCAUGUGCGCCAAGUGCACGCUGAUAGCGGAGAGGCAGCGGGUGAUGGCUGCGCAGGUGGCGCUGCGGCGGCAGCAGGCGCAGGAGGAGAACGAAGCCCGGGAGCUGCAGCUGCUCUACGGGACCGCGGAGGGCCUGGCCCUGGCCGCCGCGAACGGCAUCAUCCCCCCGCGUCCCAACUACGAGGUGUUCGGCUCUGUCAACAGCGAGAGCAACUCAGAGUCUAGCAUCCAGAAGUAUGAGCUGUUUCCAAAGACCCAGCUCUCCGGGUCAACCACCCCUCAGAAGUCCGCGGGGAAAGCAGCGUCCACCGAGAGCGACUCGGCUCCAGGCAUGUCCUCCCCAGACGGCCGGCACGGAGGAGGCUCGGGGUCGGAGAACGGGGACAGCGAGUCUUUCGUCAACUCGCCGGUGUCCAAGCCUUUAAAGGACGGCGAGGAAACUCCCGGCUCGCUCAGCUCCCUCGGCUCGGACUCCGGUUCCGAGACGGACAAAGACGAGCAGGAGCCCUCCCCGUCCUCCGCGGCCUCCCGGCAAAUGAACGCCAUCGACAUCCUGACCCGGGUGUUCCCCAGCCACAAGCGCAGCGUCUUGGAGCUCGUCCUGCAGGGCUGCGGCAAAGACGUGGUGCAGGCCAUCGAGCAGAUCCUCAACAACAGCGGCGCGCAGGGCGCCAACAAGUCCGGGCCCGAGGAGACGUGGACGGCGGAGAGGAUGCUGCAAAGCGCGCAGCAGCAGCAGGCGCCCGGCGCGUCUGCAGCCGCGGCCACCCCGACGAGGCCGAUGCUGCCCGGAGCCAUGACGCUGAGCAACCGCUCCGCCUUUUCUCCGCUGCAGCCCAACGCGCCGCACUUCGGAGCAGACCCCGGCACCUACCCGCUGGGCACGCACCUGGGACUGAACCCGCUGCGCCUGGCCUACUCUGCGCACAGCCGGGGACUGGCUUUCAUGACGCCCUACUCCACCACGGGGCUCAUGCCCACCCUGGGCUUCAGACCCCCCAUGGACUACGCUUUCAGCGACCUGAUAAGGGACAGGACAAUGCUGCACAAGGAGCAAGGCUACGCCAGCGGCCUGUACGGGCCUUUAGUCAACAACACGCCGGACAAGCAGUGAGACCGCUGGACUGAAAAAACACACACUUCAUUGUACAGUAGCAGAUCUGUGAUGUGUCCCGGCUCCGCUCUGUGUAUAUUAGAUUUAUCAAACUUGUAGACAGUUGUUCUAAAAGGGGGGAGAAACUAAACUAAAUUAAGUGUAACUUUAAAAAUGUAUUUUAAAUCUUAGACUGCAAACAUUUGGACGCUUUCCACCCAUUUAUCAACCGCAUAAAAUCCAAGUUCCAAGUAAAAUCGAGCUGGGAGAAACUCAGACCUCCAACAGCGGGGCUUAUAAUUAGAUAGAUAUUUAUCAUUGGGUUUCAGUUUUUAUAGCCCUUUUUAUUUUACAGACAGCUGGCCCAACUAAAAAUUGGACCAAAUGGUGCAAACCAGGUAAUGUGUACAGACAUUUUUUUCUUCCUUUUUUUGGUAUGACUUCAACAGUCUCACUUUUUGCCUGUAUUAUAUAUAAAUAUAUAUAAAUAACCUAUCGCAUUUGGCAAAAUUAAAUGCUGUUUGACUUCUCAUCUAUGCGUUAGCCUGACCCUCUUCAAAUGUUAAAAGAUGUGUUGUCACAUAAAUAUGCUGAAAAUAAAAUGUUAUUUUAAAAAUGUG